GUGGAAUGCAGCCCUGAAUUCUGUUGUGUUUUAAAGUAUUUUUUAGGGUUUUUUCCCUGAAUGAGUGACAGUGGAUAGUAGGGAUGUUUCACAGAAUCCAGAAGGAAUUAGGUUGGAAAAGACCUCUGAAACCAUCGAGUUCAACCUGUUUGGGUCAGAGGGACCCUGAUCAGAGAGAGCCAAGGGUGAUCUUUGACGUUUAGGGGAAACAAGCAAAAUCAGGGACACUGUACAGGCAGUGCCUGAGCUCUGCUGUCACAGCACAGCCUGAUUUCCUCUCCAGCUGUCCAGAGGAAGCACAGGCAUGAAACUUUGUGCCAGGAUUUGAUCAAGAGUGAAUCUCUGGUGGUUUGUGAUGUUGCCGAAGACCUGGUGGAGAAACUGAGAAAAUUCCGAUUUCGCAAAGAGACCAACAAUGCCGCCAUUAUAAUGAAAAUCGACAAGGAUAAGCAGUUGGUGGUGCUGGAUGAGGAGCAUGAGGGUAUUUCUCCUGAUGAGCUAAAGGAUGAGCUGCCCGAGAGACAACCUCGAUUUAUUGUGUAUAGUUACAAGUACCAGCAUGAAGAUGGAAGAGUUUCCUAUCCAUUGUGCUUUAUCUUCUCCAGUCCAGUUGGAUGUAAGCCUGAGCAGCAGAUGAUGUAUGCUGGAAGCAAGAAUAAGCUUGUACAGACAGCUGAACUCACUAAGGUAUUUGAAAUCAGAAAUACAGAAGACCUAACUGAAGAAUGGCUGCGUGAGAAACUGGGCUUUUUCCACUAAGGGAAACCUCUAAGUAUUUAUGUACCAUCCUGGUGAUACUGGAACCAGACAUGAAUACUUACAUCCAAGCAAUGCACUGUAUUCACAGCUGUCUCCUGCAGUAUCUCUCUUGUGCAGAGUUUGUGCAAAGAAUAGCAGGUCUGUCUCCUUGAAGUAACAAAUCUUUGCAGGUGUUUCCUUAUUUGUACCUGCUAAAAGGGAAUACUCCUCUGCAGGGACUCCUUUUGCACUCCUGUGACUAAUAUUUCUGUAACUAAAAUAGUUCAGUUCUGGAUUUAUAACCGUGUACAAACAUCAUUUGGAAGCUGACGCUAACUUUUUCUGAGCUACAAAUGCAUCCUUAUGACACACAUUAGCCAUUCAUAUGCAGAAUUUAUGUACUGUCACUUACCAGAUUUUUUGACUUAACGUCUUCUCAAUUUUGAAGCAUUUGUUGGAAGCUCCCUGGAAGCAUUUGUGUGGUAUUAAAAAGUCAAAAUCCUUGUACUGCAAAUCCAUCCAUUUAUCUUUUCAUCGAGUCCAUGUGAACUGUCUCAAAUUCUUGGAACUAAUUUUUGUCAUUCCAGUAAUUCCUCAGUUGCCUGAGUCAAUCUUCCUAAAUUUCAGGGCAAAGCUUUGACUGUCCAGUUCUCAUGCUAAUACAGUCUCACAGGAACCAGUUGAUAUCUAAGGGCUGAACUACAACUCUGGUUCCUCUUGUACCAGAUUUCUUCUUGCAUCUCUGUUCUGACACUGUUGAGAAGUUUACCUCUGCUCAUUUCCUGUUACUGAACACCUGGUGAUACUGUGUGCCUUUCAUUUGUUAGCUUUAAAAGGACUUGAGAAUUUUACACUGCCACUUCUUACAAAUUUGGUAAAAACUUUGUUAAAGAAUCCAAGUAAUAUUUGUUUCUAGUGCCUCGUGCUGCAGUUGACAUCUCUUAAAACAAAAAGCCAACCUCAUUUUCUUUGAAAUUCCAAUCAUCUGCUCCAUUUGUAGGAGUCAGGAGGUUAAAGCUUUUCAUGACAAUGAACGAUUUAUAUCUCUUUUGUUAUAAAAGUUGGCCACACAUAGCUUUUGAGUACUUUAAUUACAACCUCUAACUUUCUUAAUGGCUUUUUGGUCAAAAUUACAUUCCAGAUGAAGCUUUUGCAUAAGUGAUCAUUUGAUUUUCAUCUACUUAACGGUUCAUCUCUUUGAAACAGCAAAUCUAAUGUGAAAAUAGUAUUUAACUUUUAUAAAUGACCAGUCUUUUUACAGGUCUGUUUUAUAUUGACUAGAGUAGUUGUCUGAUGUGGACACGUUCGGCACGUGCUGUGGCAGAGGAGCACUCAUGGGACAGUCUCUCCCUAUCUUGCUCGUGAGUGUUUGUUGUGCUUCUGAACAAGUGUCUGCGUAAGAGCAGCUUCCUGUUGAUAACAUACCUUAAAAUACAGCUGCCCCAACCAAUCUGCUCGCUGGGAAGGAAUGCAGUGUUAAAUUUGGAGGCCAGUAUUUCAUGCUGUGAAACCUUUGCUGAAAGUGGUGUUAUUUUUCAUUUGUCACCAUAGGUUGUGUUAGUGUUAAAACACUGACUCCUGCAAGAUCAGAAGGAAUUCAUUUGCAAAGGUCUUCAGUGUUGGUAAAUCUCUUCCUAGUUUGAUGUUAUUACUCAUUUAUUUGUAUAUAAAUCUGACUUGAGAGGAGCUUUUCAAAAUACUUGUUGGAAUGAUCCAAUUAAAUUGAUCUUUUGGUGCGGGAAAGAAGUGCUUGUAAUUAAAUUUCUGUGUUAACGUACUGAACUGGAAAAACAAUUUAGUUUCCCUGGAUGAAAAAGUGUUGAUUAUGAAACUGUUGCUUGAUCAUUCUGUACUGCAAAUCAAUAAAAACCAUGUUUUUUGUGACAAA